AUGGCGACAAUUAUUCACAUUGCAGCUAAAUCUGGAUCUAAGGAAUUCAGUGUUUAUGUAAAUCCACAACAACAUUUUUUUCCAGAGGCCACUGCUGUUACUAGCUUGAUAAAUUGCAAUGGGAUGCUGCUUCUGCAUGGAAAACAAGUGUCAACACGUCCCCUCCAAGACGCAUUGGGAGAUUUUCUGGAAUGGAUCAAGAGUUUUGAUAGAAAGUGUUGCUUGGUAGCACAUAAUUUGAUUUCUGAUGGCCCCAGAUUAUAUGAUGCUGUGAGGAAAUGCAAUUACGAAGAAAAUUUUUCCAAUUUGAUUCAUGGAUUCGUUGAUACCUUACCUGUUAUUCGAAAAAAUAAGAAUGUGAAAAGACCGAAUCAGUGCAAGUUGAGUGUUCUGGCUAAGUCACUCAAUAUUUCUGUUGAAGGAGUACACAACGCAAUACUCUCUAAAGUUUUGAAGGGUAUGGAAAUAAGUAAUGCUGUAUUAUUAGAAAAUGAAAAACUGUACGAUCGACACGUCAUUGCCUGGAGCAAUAAUGAUCUGAACAAAGAGAAUAUAUCGACUUCAGUGAAGAGGUUGAGUGCCUUAAUUCGAAAGAAACUAUCUGAUGCUGCAAUAAGUAUAAAGAAUCUCAGAAAUAUUUAUUCUAGUGAUAAUGGAGCUGAUGCGAUAAGAGAAUGUUUUAGAGACAAAAUACAAAAGAAAGAUAUCAAGUUGCAAGCCAAAACUAUUGAUAAAAUAAUUACUUUUGUGGCUAAAGUCCACUAG